UAGACAUUGUAAGAUAAAAUGUUACGAUUAUCUUAUCUCUAUGACUUUUAAAAAGGACUUCAUUUGAAACAAUUACAUACUGUAUGUACAUGAUAAUGAUGAUUAGUUUGGCGUUGAUAUUUGUUCUCUUUAUUGAAAGUUCAGUUUAUGCGGAUACAAGUUGUCCAGAUGCAUGGGUAGCAUACAAGGGUUCAUGUUAUCUGUUUGCUCACGACCAGUCGCAAACCUUUACAGAAGCUGAGCAUUUUUGUAAUCAGCAUUCGUCUCAUCUUGUACAUAUUAAUGAUGUUCACGAGAACAACUUCCUUCAACAAUUUCUGACCCAUUUCACUUCAAAUGAUUGGUGGAUUGGACUCUCUGAUACAGUCAUAGAAAGCGAAUAUAAAUGGAUAGACAGCAACACUAUAGCUGAUUACGUGGAAUGGGGACCUCACGAGCCGAACAAUAACCACAACGAGGACUGUUGUAUCAUCAACAGGCAAGAAGGCUUCAAAUGGGCAGAUGUGAAGUGCUCUCUACAGUUCCAGCCGAUCUGCGAGAAAAAUGUUGCCAAUGAGAACGAGAUCAUAGGAUAGCUUCCGUCCUAAUUAGCUUCAUUUAUAUAUGAAAUAAUGAUAUUUCUGCAACGAGCUUGUAAUAAAGUUUCAUAGCAAUUGUGUUUCAA